AUGAUAUAAGUUCUACAAAAGAAUAAGUUUCGUGUAUUUGCAAGUCUUUCGCAUGAAUUAAGGACUCCUUUGAAUUGCUCUAUAUCAAUGUUGGAGAUUUUGAAAGAACUCAUAAAUGAUAAUUAAUAAGAAUAUAUAGAAUAAUAUAUUGUUCCAGCUUUGUAUUCAAAUAAAUUAUUACUGAAUCAGAUUAAUGAUAUUUUAGAUUUCGUUUAAAUGGAUAGCGAUAAAUUUAAAUAUGCAUUUCAGAAUUUCAAAGUAAUUGAUUUGUUAAAAGAUUGUGGAAAAUUAUUCAGUAUUUAAGCUGAAAUGAAAGAAAUUUAAAUUAAAAUCAAUAUAAAUGAAUUUGAUAAUUUAGAAAUAUGCUCAGAUCCUAAUAGAAUAAGAUAAAUUCUAUUAAAUUUAAUGAGUAAUUCGUUAAAAUUUACAAAAAAUGAUGGAGUUAUUACAAUAGGAUUUGAAUAAAUAAAAAAUUUAAAAAAUGUAUAUUAAAUUUAUAUAUAGGAUACAGGUAUUGGAAUAAAAUCAGAAAAUCUAGAAAAAAUUUUUAACUUUUAUUAUUAAUAAUAAGAUGAACAAUUAAAUAGUUAAGGAUGUGGUCUAGGUUUAACUAUUUCAAAUUCUAUAGCUAAAGGACUUAUUUAAUAAAAUAAUAUUAAUGGAAUUCGUAUAGGUGGUAUAGAAGUCGAAUCAACAUAUGGAAUAGGGUCUAAAUUUUCUUUUUUAGUUUAGGAUUUAUUAAGUCUUGAUAAUAAAUAGUCUUUAAAUAGCAAAAAUAAUUUAAUUUAGAAAAAAUUUAUGCAUACUUAAAAAAAAAUUAAAGCUUAAAAUAUAUAGAAAAAAUGUAAAUGUUUAUGCGUAUAAAUAAUUAUUGUAGAUGACAAUUAAUUUAAUUUAUAUGCCAUAUAAAAAUUAUUACUACAAUAUCAUUUUUAAUUAAAAUUAUUUUCCGAACCUAAUUUAUUAAUUGAAUAUUUAAAAAAUAUGUUUUAUAAUAAUAAUUGUUGUAAAACUCCUUUGUUAAUUUUCAUGGAUAUUGAAAUGCCUAUAAAAAACGGAUAUGAAACAACUGAAGAAUUAAUACUCUUUUAUUAGUCUGUUAAAUUAGAAAAAUUACCUAUAAUAAUAGCUUGUACUGCCUAUGUAGGUUAAGAAGAUAAAGAUAAAUCAAUAUAAUGUGGAAUGAAUGAUUAUAUAAAUAAACCUAUUCUUAAAAACGGACUUUAAUAAUUACUGAUAUAAUGGAGAAAAAAACUUCUAUGA